AGAUAAUUAGAUAAUUAGAUGCGGCAAAAUAUAUUAUCUAAUAAAUUGGUAAAAAAAAAGUGUUAAUAAAUGAUUGUUAAAAAUAAAGUGGAACAACCUUUUCCCCUCAUCACGUGAUUUUUCUCUAACCGCCUUCGUAAACUUUUGAUCGCAUAUUCUCCUCGUUAAUUUGUUAUGUUGAAAUUGCGGCACUUUUAACAUGGGCACUCAUAUAUUGAAUAGGGAUAUAAAUCCAAUCUACGACAAUGGUUGUAUGAACUCCCACGAAUCAGAUAACAACCAGCAUGAGGCGAUUCAAUCCCAUCUUGAUUCUUUCAUUACGCAGGAGUUUAAAAUGGAUCUUAAUCUUCUCGAAUCCCCGCUUAUAAGUCGCGUGGAUACAUUUUACGCCGCCACUAACAAUACUUUGGAUAAUCCCGAUGGAAGAAACAGUAACGAUAAAAUUAACCAUCCCCCGAAUUCCGUGGAUUCUGACUUUAAACCCGUCAAUCAUUUGAUUAGCAAAAAUGGUAAUAAACAUAUUCCCGCCAACCAAAACAAACCUCAAAUCCAAAUUCAUCACUUGGCUUUGCUUCUAUCGGUUAACAAAGCCCGCAAGGUCAGAUUUUAUCGGGACGGAGAUAGGUUUCAUUGCGGCGUCGUUUACGCCAUUUCCAAAGACAGGUAUCGCGAUCUCGGAGCCCUCAUUAACGACCUGAAUCGUUCGCUGGCCGACAGAGUCAAUUUACCUUACGGGGUUCGUUACAUAUUCGUUUUGCCGAAACACUGCAAAGUAUCAGAUAUCGAUAACGAUAAUAUCAUCGCCAAUAUAAGUAAUGGUGAUGGCAACAUCUUGAAGGUACGGGAAAAUAGGGAUAUCGUAAACAAAGAUGACGCUACGGAGAGAAGCAUCUCACCUUUACUAUCCGCCAACGCGAAGGAUGAUAAGAUUCGCCGGAAAAGCGGCAUAAUAAAUGAUCAUUACGAAAGAAAUUGCCCGUCCCUGCUCACGAACCUAAAAGAUAGAGAUCGUAAGACGAAAAAUGUCGCCCAAAAACAACCCAUGACCGAUCUACUGCCUGUCCAAGAGCCGAAGGGUAUUAAAAGCGACUUGGUUAUCAAGCCGCCUUUCAAAUUUUGGAAGGUUCUCGAGAUAUCCGAUCUGACGGACGGAGACGAUUGCGUUUGUUCCUCUUUCGAUCGCUUCGAACCGCUUGAUUACACCAAAAAUAGCGCUCCCCGCCACUGGAACUUCGCGAAGCACGAUUCCCCCUACCAAUUCUCCUCUCACUCCGCCGUCGCCUCUAAUUUUAACCUAACCUCUUCUGACCUCGUUAUAAACCUAUCAAAACAGUUCAAGAAUACCGGGACCGUCGCGACCGAUAAAUUAUCGAUUCUCUCUACUGGCAAGAAAGAGAAUGGGGAGGAGAUUGGAGGUGAGGAUUUAUAUAAAAACGAAAGUUCUGAUCGGAUUUUACCGAAAAAUAACGCUGCCAUUCUUAAACUUUCGUCUUCUAGUUCUUCCAUCGCCUCUUCCUUCCAAUCUUUGGGUUCCUCAUGCCAAACUCCUCCUAUCGUCACAUCCGUAACAUCCAAGCGCUCCUCUUUAAUCCGAAAUCUAUCGCGUUGUAACGAUCGUUUAGUAGAUGCGAAACCAGUUAUAGAAUCGGGGACUAAUAAAUUGAACGAGUUAUCCUCGAAAUUGAUAAGCGGCACUUACGCGUCUAACGGUAAUAUCGCCAAUCAAGCGAUGGAAGAUACUCUUCACAUUUCUUACCACCCUCCUACCUUUAUUGGUAAAAGUGACAGUCUUUCCAGUAUUCCGGUAGACGUCAAACGCUCGAACAUGCGCGAUAAAACGCCUCCCAACCACAACUUUCUAAAUGGAAAUUGUUCAAAUGACGACCAUCUAAAAAUCGAACACCCCACCAACUACGUCACCCUAAAUGGUCUCAAAAACGAUAGAAGAAUCUCCCAGAACCAUCAAUCUCGCUCUCCCUUCCUUCACAGACGUCUCAACGACAUAAACCCGUCGGCGAGUGUCGGCAAAAAACCUCCGAGCUCACCCUCGCGUUCCCCUUUGCUCACACCGUCCGAUUGUAAGUUGCCAAACAUGGCUGGCUGCAAAAUCGCUUACAGACCAACGUUAAUCGGUGGUCAAAAUUUUGGCUAUAAACCCAAGCUUGUAACUAUUAUCAGGAAUGGGAGGGUCACGCCCCGGAAACGCUUUAAAUUUUUGCUUAACCAUAAAACAGCCCGUUCUAUCGAGCAAGUGAUGGACGACAUCAACUCUAUAGUACGUUUGGACACUGGACCCCUAAGGAAACUAUACGCCUUUAGUAACGGAAACGAAGUAAAAUCGUUGGCGGAUUUAUAUAAGGAUGACGAUAUUUUCGUGGCUUGCGGACCCGAAAAAUAUUCCCGCGAUGAUUUCGACAUCGAACAAACAGCCGAAUUCAAAAUCGCUAUCAAUAAUAACAAGGAGAAUCUCAAUUCUCCCAUUUACGCGGUAACCGGAAAUGGGAGCGAAUCUCGCGAGUCGCGCACCUCGGCGCCUUCAUCUUCUAAUAGCAGUGACGGAAUUUUAACUCCCGAACUUUCCAGCAAACUCAAUAAUAACUCUUCCAAAGCCGCCAAUCAACGAAAAUCUCUCGGCGCCAAACCGUCUAAUAAUAAUAAAGUGAUGAAAAUACUUAAAAAAUCGGAGCCGUCCAAAAAGAUCGGCGCGGAUAGCGGCAAUAGAAAAGGGAAGAUCGUCGCCACAGGUCAAAACAACGAUCGCUUGCGAAAUACUUGCGAUGACCCCGUCGUGCAACAAAAUUUAGGUGUUCAUGAUGCCCCGGCUACCUAUCCCAAGUUCAUCUCCAAAAAAUACGCUGUGUUCGAAAUAAUCGGCGAUGGAAAUUUCGCAAUAGUCAAAGAAUGCCAAAAUAAAAAAACUGGUCAAUACUACGCUCUCAAGAUAAUUGAUAAAGCCAAAUGCAAUUCGGAAAUCGAGAGACAGAUGAUAGCCAACGAAGUUGCUAUACUUAGAAGAAUUUCGCACCCCAAUAUCGUUCAAUUGUACGAGGAAUACGAAACUAAUUCUAGGUUGUAUCUGGUCAUGGAACUCGUUAAGGGCGGAGACUUGUUUGACUUAAUAGCCCGGGAAACGAAAUUCGGGGAAUUUCGUUCUAGUCAAAUGAUAUAUGAUCUGACGAACGCCUUGCGCUAUUUGCAUUAUUCGAUGAACGUGGUUCAUAGAGACAUCAAGCCCGAAAAUUUAUUGGUCUCGGAGUAUAACGACGGGACCAAAGUCUUAAAAUUGGCCGAUUUCGGUUUAGCCUCUCAUGUCAGCGAACCCUUAUAUACUGUUUGCGGUACGCCAGCGUACGUUGCCCCCGAAAUUUUAGCCGAAACUGGUUACGGUAUCAAGAUUGACAUAUGGGCGACAGGCGUAAUUAUGUAUAUAUUAUUGUGCGGAUUUCCUCCUUUCGAUAACGCUAAGGACAAUCAAGACGAAUUGUUUGAUCUUAUAUUGGCCGCCGAUGUGGAGUUUCCUAAGCCCUUUUGGACCAAUAUCUCCGAAUGUGCUAAGGAUUUAAUUAUGAACAUGUUGCAAGUUGAUCCUAAUCAAAGGUUUUCUGCCUUAGACGUUUUAACGCACCCAUGGAUAACAAGUCAAACACCUAAUAAAUAUUUGCUUUACGCUCCGGAAGAAGUGGAGUACUGCAGCAGACUAAAGGCUACGGAAAAUACUGCUUUCAACGGUCAUCAAAGGGCUUCUUUAAGCCCCAAACAUUUGUACGGCUGCAACGGCGACAAAAAUACUUUCUUCCAAAAUAAUUUCAAUCGUUACGACAACCACAACACCUAUCAUUGCAAAACCCAGUCGCGAUAUCAAUACACAGAACAUUUGAAUAUUUUUGGAAAUUUAUUUCUAAAAUUGUUGUAUAUUGGAUUUGUUAAAAAAAGAUCUUUGGCUUUAGUUCAUGGAUGGAUAAUAAUUGCACAUAAAAUGGAUUCACUUAAAGCAAAUAGCCUGAUUCCAAGAAUCAAUAAUUCAUCCAUUCCAAAUAUUCUAGCUAAUAAUAUAAUUCAUACCAAUAUUCCACAUACAGUAAAUAAUAGAAAUGAUGAAAAAAUUGCUGGAUCAUAUAAAAUUGAGAAAACCAUUGGAAAAGGAAAUUACGCUGUUGUAAAAUUAGCUAGUCAUGUUUUUACUGGACAAAAAGUUGCAAUUAAAAUCAUUGAUAAAUCUAAACUUGAUAUUGUAAGUAAAAUUCAAUUAUUCCAGGAAGUGAAUUGUAUGAAAUUGAUUAGACACCCAAAUGUGGUUAAAUUAUAUGAAGUUAUUGACACUCCAAACAAAUUAUAUCUUAUAUUAGAAUUAGGAGAAGGAGGUGAUCUUUUUGAUUACAUUCUAAAAUAUGAUAAAGGUAUAGAAGAAAAUAAAGCCAAAACAUAUUUUCGCCAAUUACUUAAUGCCAUUUUAUAUUGCCACAAAUUGCAUGUUGUUCAUAGAGAUUUAAAACCUGAAAAUGUUAUAUUCUUUGAAAAUUAUGAUACAGUAAAGUUAACGGAUUUUGGCUUCAGCAACAAAUUUAAGCCUGGGGAAAAACUUGAAACAUCAUGUGGCUCAUUAGCAUAUUCAGCUCCAGAAAUUCUUUUAGGAGACCAAUAUGAUGCCCAAGCAAUAGAUAUAUGGAGCUUGGGAGUUUUGCUCUACAUGCUGGUAGUAGGUAAGUGCCCCUUUUUGGAAAAUAAUGAUAACGAGACCAUUACCAUGAUUAUAGACUGUAAAUACACCAUUCCUUCCCAAAUCUCUGUCGAGUGCAAAGACUUAAUCGAGAAAAUGCUAGUGAAAGAACCCGCCAAAAGGGCCAAGCUCAUAGAAAUACUCAAUCACCCGUGGCUUAGGUCGCACACGUCCAAUAACGGGAUAACUACCACUGCCCUCUUCGCCCGCACCGAUAUCACGGAAGAAAUUCACAAGGCCAUCAUAAACAAGAUGGUCGGGGGAGAGAUAGCUACGGAACACCAAAUUAAACAAUCAAUAAAGAGGGACUGCUACAAUCACGUGACAGCGACAUAUUACCUCCUCGCGGAAAAAAUGCUCAAAUACAAGGCCUCCUCCUCUGCCGACGAUUCGUCAAUCGCCACCAAUGGCCCCGAUAAUAAAAGUCAAUCAUAUUACAGCAGUAACAUUUCCUGUUCCUCCCUUCCCGAACUCAUAUCGAUGUCGCCUUCCACGUUCCUCUCCGACAUUCGAAAUUGCGACAAGAACUUGAAUCUUUACGACAAAAGUUACGACCACCACGGUAAAAAGAAUCACGGCGUCUCACCCCAUUCGUCGAAUUUCGUGGCUAACUUUCAGAAAGCGGGACAAUUCGCCGCCCUCAAGCACAACAGCGUCGAUAACAUAAACCACUUGACCAAUUUCAAUCAAUACAACGUCAAUCCUCAUCAUCAAAUGGCCCAGCAUAAUUUUUACAAAAAGAUACUCGCGGAAGAAAAAUAUCCGCCUCCUUUAACGUCUCCCGCUCUCUCGACGAAAACUGUAGAGCUUCUAAAACCAAAACUUAAGAUGGCCACCUCGGUAAACACUCGUCUGCUUCUUACCCGGAAAACCGGCGGGGCGGCAAUUCCUUCCAAAAUCUCCGAAGAAAACGAGCCCGAACCGGACCCCGAAGAAAUGUCUUCUUCGAGCAAAUAUCAUUCAGCAUCCACCAUGUUUCCGGCCUCGGGUCACCAUUUUGGUUCACGGGGUAGCAUCAGAAAUUUAUAUACCAAUCAACCAGUAGGAAUCCUAAGCGCACAUCCCCACCAAAGAUCAUUUUCCCUUAACGAGCGUUGUUUGGAAAACAUAACCGAUCGACUAAUCAAAUCUAGGCCAUUUAACUCAGCUGGUUCGAGAUCUUCCCCUUCUACGUUUUCUCCUAGUCCGUCCCCUUCCCCGUCGCCCACUUUCGCCAGGCGAAAGACUCCUCCCUCUCUCGUAGUGAGCGAUUUGGGUGACGAAAAUAUCGCCAGCAACGUUGGCGCGGUUACGCAGGAAGACCACGAUUCACCCAAAGAAUCACAUACAAAUGGCGGUAAUAGUACUUUCGCUAAUAGCCAAUCGGGAAAAUCACACGGCUCUACACCUCUCCUGUCUCUACAAGAAAUAUCUGAAGAAGAAUCUGAAGUUGAAGAUCGACAAUAAUCCCGAUACUGAUGUUUAUACUUCAUGGUUAGGAAAUUAAACUGCCGGCAUAUAUUCCAUGAGCGAUCACGAAAAUUAUAACUUAUAGAGCCUGGCUAAAGUAAUCUCCCUGUCGUCCACAACCAUAGCGCAUAGUUUCAUUCCAGUCUUACCUAAUUAGUUGCAAUUAAUUGGUUCUUUAUGAUAACCAUAGUUGUUGAUGAAACCAAAUUUAAAAGCAUGCAAUUUUUAUUUUAUU